AAUCCACAGCACUCCAGUGCUUCCUCUUUUUUUUUUCAGGUACAAAAGGAAUCUCAAGUUUUUCUUGGUUCUCAUCCUCAACAAUGUGUUCUUGGGUGUGCCUUCUCUGUGAAUUCAUGGUUGCUCUUGCUGCUGUUGCUUCCCCUUCAGAGGUUCUUGCUCUGGCUCUCUAGUCUUCAAUUCUAGUACUUCCUGUUGUCCUGUUGAUCAAAAUGCCACCUUCUUACUUCCCUCUUCGAUGGGAAAGCACCGGAGAUCAAUGGUGGUAUGCAUCCCCUAUUGAUUGGGCAGCAGCAAACGGCCAUUAUGAUCUUGUUCGUGAGCUACUACACCUUGAUACAAACCUUCUCAUAAAGCUCACAUCUCUCCGGCGGAUCAGGAGGCUGGAAACAGUCUGGGAUGAUGAUGAACAGUUUGUGGAUGUGGCUAAAUGCCGAGCGUUUGUUGCCCGAAGCCUCCUUCUUGAAUGUGAGAUCAAGAACAAGAAGAACACUUUGAUUAGAGCUGGAUAUGGUGGUUGGUUGCUAUAUACUGCAGCCUCUGCAGGGGAUAUGAGUUUUGUUCAGGAGUUGCUCGAAAGAGAUCCGCUCUUAGUGUUCGGAGAAGGAGAAUAUGGAGUUACUGACAUUUUCUAUGCUGCGGCGAGGAGCAAGAACUCAGACGUGUUCCGGCUUUUGUUCGAUUUUGCCUUGUCACCAAGGUGCAUGAUGGGAGGUGGCAGUGGAGUGCAUGAGGGGAUUGGUGGGAGCUCGGCUGUUUUUAGGUGGGAGAUGAUGAACAGGGCUGUUCAUGCUGCUGCAAGAGGUGGAAACUUGGUGAUGUUGAUGGAGUUUCUUGCGGAUUGCUCUGAUGUUCUUGCUUAUCGUGAUAAUCAGGGGUCUACUAUUUUGCAUGCUGCUUCUGCGAGAGGACAGGUUCAGGUGGUUAGGAAGAUAGUGGCAUCAUUUGAUAUAAUCAACUCUAGAGACAAUCAAGGAAACACAGCAUUGCAUGUCGCUGCUUUCCGGGGUCACUUAUUGACAGUGAAAGCUUUGGUUGAUGCCUCUCUGUCAUCUUCAUGUUUGAUAAACAAUGCCGGAGAUACAUUUCUUCAUAUGGCAGUAGCAGGAUUCAGAACUCCAGGCUUUCGAAGACUUGACAGGCAAAUGGAGCUCAUGAAGCAGUUAAUUUCGGGAAACAUUGUGGAUGUUUGCAAGAUUAUAAAUGUCAGAAAUCAUGAAGGAAGAACUGCCCUCCACACUGCUGUGAUCGGCAAUGUGCAUUCUAAUCUUGUCGAACUCUUGAUGAGUGUAAAAUCAAUUGAUCUUAAUGUUAGAGAUAUCCAUGGUAUGACAACUUUGGAUUUACUGAAUCAACGCCCUCGAUCAGCUUCAUCGGAGAUACUGAUCAAACAGCUGAUUUCUGCUGGAGGGAUUUCAAACUCGAAAGAUAACAUGGCAAGAUCGGCGAUUGUUUCUCAAAUGAAGAUGCAAGGAAUAGGGAACAGCCCAGGAACUUCUUUUCGAAUUUCCGAUGCUGAGAUAUUCCUCUACAGUGGUGUUGAUGUGCCUGAACUCACAGUUGUGGAGCGAAUGAGUGGAAGAGCUAGCUCAUGCUCAAGUGCCAGUAAACCCGAAAUCACGCAAUGCGAAACAGUCGAUGAAAAUGAUGUCUCUUCCGAUCAAAAGAAGAAGCCAAAUGCAGUCAACAAUGCAGCAAGGCGACUCAAAAUUCUACUCCGAUGGCCCCGUCGUCAAGAGAAGAAAGCUGAAACACCGAAAAAGGAAGCUGAAACACCAAAGAAGGUUGCAGAUGAUGACUCACUGGACUCUGUAAAGUCCUCAAAGAAACUGAGUGAACGCGACGACACACCUACACCCCUCCGGCAGCGGUUCACCAGAGGAACGUCACUCAUGAACAACAAGCGAACACUUUCGGUCAGGACCUCGACACCAAGUCCAGCAACAAAGAAAAAAUUUGCUGCUGGCCUGAUGCACGGAGUCAUUCAAGCGAUGCCACAUUUAGCGCCAUCAGUGCGAAGUACUACUAAAUCUUUUUCUAGAGCAUCAGUGGAUAAACAGAAAGGCAUGUGCUUCGAUGAAGAGACCGUUGUUGUCGCACCUUCAUCGAAUGCAGGGAUUACUGAAGACCGGGAGAGUACACCGCAGAAAUCUAGAUUUGUGCACAGUAAGUUGAUGAACAAUUACUUCUGUUUUGGAGCACAUGGUUUGUCCGUGGAGGAUCCAAUUAACGGUAAGAGAUCUCGUCGGAUGUUCAAACGAUCGGUUCUAGCAGUUGCUUGAAUUGUUGAGCAAAUGAUGCCUUGAAUAAUAAUCCUAUGAAGGUUAGUAAGGAAUGUAGGAGUUUUCUUAAGAAAAUCUACUAAGGUUGUAGUUUAUGCUUGUGUAAAUUUUGUUUUAAGAGUGGGUGUGAUUUUGUGAUGUCUGAUGAACCUUUUGUUGCAGCUUUAAAGUAAUGCUGUUGUUAUGCAUCAUUGUAAUGUUGAAAAAGGAAGUAGCAUAUUGAUGCUGUUUUGUGUUUCUUAA